AUGCUUCUAAGCAUCAUUCUAGUUGCCCUCACUGCAGUGCCGUUAUCGCACGGAGAAAGUGCUCGAUACAGCACCAUCAAAAUCUGUAAUAAAGAAAUAAAUGGAGUGCAAAGGCCGAUAGUGUCAGCACCAUGUGAAGACGAAAUGCCGGAGGAUGCUUGCCAAGAUCUAUUUCCAAUGUCGGUGGAGAUUCGCAUCCAUAAUGAUGACCCGUAA